AUGUCAUCAUUUUGGAACGAUAAUUAUUUUGGUAAUCGCUAUUCUAACGACACAUGGGGAGCAAAUGCUGCCAAUGAGGAGGAGGAGCAAAGUGGAUACGGUGCUGAGAAUGCACUUGUUGAUGUACCAUAUUACCUGACGCAGCAAUCGUAUCCGGGUUACGGGGUAUACGGGGAUGAAGGUGGAUACGGAAGUUACAGUGGAUACGACGGUGAAGGUGGAUACGGGGGUGAUGGUGGUUGUAGUGGAUACGGGGGUGAAGUGGAUACGGGGGUGAAGGUGGAUGCAGUGGAUACGAUAGAUCUGGGGGUGAAGGUGGAUACAGUGGAUACGGAGGCUACAGUGGAUACGAAGAACAUGGGGGAUAUGGUUAUGAGCCCCAAUUGGGUACAAGAAACGGGAAAGGAGUAUGGUUACGUAAUUGUUACCCGCCGAUCAAAAAAUAUUGGCGGUACUACUGGGAUGGUAUGGCUUGUGUGCGACCGUAGUGGUGAGCACCGUAGUAAAGCAACAGUUAGGAAAGCUGGUAGCAAAAAAAUCGGUUGCCCAUUUUCAUUACUCGCCAUACGGGACGUGACGAAUGACAGGUGGGAGUUAAAAGUGGAAUGUGCGAACCAUAACCACGAACCUACGACGAGUCUGUUGGGCCACGGUUUUGUGCGAAGAUUUACUAAAGCCGAAUACAAGCUAGUGGAGCAGCUAAUUGCUCAAAACAUGGAGCCACGUAUCAUAUUUCAAACCCUAAGAAAGCAGUUCCCCGACAGCCUGCACGUUCAGAACGACGUGCAAAAUGCGGUACAAAAAAUUAGAGCGACAAUAAUGGACAGAAAGAAUCCUAUUCAGGCACUGGAAAGCCUGCUGCAUGACCGCCGAUUCAUUUACGACACCCGACAGGAUCCCAAAACAGAUGUCGUAACAGAGAUUUUCUUUGUUCAUCCUUAUUCAAUCACUAUGUGGCGUGCAUUCCCGCACGUGAUGUUGAUCGACGCGACCUACAAAACAAACCUCUACAACAUGCCAUUUGUCCAGGUUGUGGGUAUGACGUCGACUGGGAAAUCUUUUUGUAUCGCACAUGCCGUUAUUUGUAAAGAACGAAGGGGUAACUACGUGUGGGUGCUUGAGCGGAUCAUGUCAAUAUUGCAUGAAUGUAUGAUGCCGCGUGUGAUAGUCACGGGUAGGGAGCUUGCCCUAAUUAACGCGUGUUCUAAAGUAUUCCCGAACGCAACCAGGCUUCUAUGCCACUUUCACAUCCAACAAAAUAUAGCUAGACAAUGCAAGAAAGGGUUCGAUAAAGAAGAUUGGGGGAAAUUUAUGUCGUACUGGCGGAGAUUGUGCGAAUCUUCAUCAGAGCCCAUGUACAAGUACAACUUGGAGAAAAUGUAUAACCGACUCGUGGUUGCCAACCGAGAAAGUGUCUAUUAUUACGUCUACGAAAACUGGCUCAAAGACUAUAAAGAAAUGUUCGUUUAUGCGUGGACCGAUAAGUGUCGCAACUUUGGUCAGCCCACCACCAACAGAGUUGAGAGCCAGCACGCAAAUUUAAAAAGAUACAUUACGCGCGGGAGUUCAUUGGAGCGAAUAGCAAGAUGCAUCAUUGAUAUAGUUGAAACUCAGUACGAUGAAAUACAAAAAAGUUUCACUGAGAGCAUCGAAAAAACGAUGAACCACCACAGACACCGAAUGUUGGACAACCUACGUGGAAAGGUUUCCCAUGAAGCACUUGAUUUGCUGGCAAAAGAGCUACUGAGGAAGAUGGAGGUCUUGCGGAAACUUAACGCAUCAUGUGGUUGCCAUAUGUGGCUUAGCAAUGGAUUGUCGUGUGCUUGUAGGCUGGAAAACUACAAAUGUACAGCGGUCUUCAACCCGAAAUCGUCAACCAAGAAACCACCGAUCAUCCAGCAAAAUACUCGCGGUCGGCCUACAUCAAAGAAAGUACAAGAAAGGCUAGAUGAAGCUGCGAGGUUAGACGAAGCUGCGAGACACAGCUCCUAUGGCGAGGACAGCAACGUAUAUACCGCUUCCCCCAAACAUAGGUACGAUUUACCCCGACACAGCUCAUACAUACCGUCAGAGGGCUCUCGUGGAACUGGUUCGGUUAUAAAGUCUGAAAAACCUAAAAUGCAACGAAACAGUUCAACGAGUUAUAAAAACAAGGAGACGCGAGAUGAUAAGGGUUUUCCAUUAAUGAAGGGGGACGAGCACUUGUUAAGUAUUCAGAGGUUUAAGGAUCAAAUUCCCUCAGAGUUUCACUCUUACAUAUCGCGUAUACAAGAUGUGACCCCAGACGGUCAUUGUGGGUACAGGUCUGUGGCUGUCGGGUGGAACACGCAUGGUCCAAUAUUCGAAGAGAUUUACUACUGGAGAUUGACCAUAACAAGGCGCGUUGGAAGCAUAUAUUCGAAACAUAUAACAAAGGAGACUUUGAACGAAUACGUAAGAGCAUCGAAUGGCAUUCAUUGA